AAAAUGGCAGAUAUUGACAGGUGGAUUGAAAUAGCUAAAAAUUGUAAAUAUCUGCCUGAGACUGAAUUAAAAUUGUGUGAUUUAGUUUGUAGUUUGUUAUUAGAGGAAUCAAAUAUCCAACCCGUCAGGACACCAGUUACAAUAUGUGGAGAUAUUCACGGACAGUUUUACGAUUUAGAAGAAUUAUUUCGAUGUGGUGGACAGGUUCCUGAUACGAAUUAUAUUUUUAUGGGAGAUUUUGUUGAUCGUGGUUAUUAUAGUUUGGAAACAUUAACAAGACUAAUGACAUUGAAAGCAAGAUAUCCAGACCGCAUUACACUUUUACGUGGAAAUCAUGAAUCUAGGCAAAUAACUCAAGUGUAUGGUUUUUAUGAUGAAUGUUUAAGUAAAUAUGGUAAUGCUAAUCCCUGGAAGAAUUGUUGCAAAGUUUUUGAUUUACUUACAAUAGCUGCGAUUAUUGAUGAACGAAUUUUAUGUGUGCAUGGUGGUUUAAGUCCUGAUAUACGUACUUUGGAUCAAAUUCGUACAAUUGAAAGAAAUCAAGAGAUUCCACAUAAAGGUGCCUUUUGUGAUUUGGUUUGGUCUGAUCCUGAAGAUAUUGAUACAUGGUCUGUUAGCCCAAGAGGUGCUGGUUGGCUCUUUGGCGCUAAAGUUGUGGACCAUUUUAUGAGAAUAAAUGAUUUGAGUUUAAUUUGUAGAGCACAUCAGUUAGUACACGAAGGUUUUAAAUAUAUGUUUGAUGACAAACUAGUGACCGUAUGGUCUGCACCAAACUAUUGCUACCGCUGUGGAAAUGUUGCCUCUAUAUUAAAAUUCAACACAACAGAAGAAAGAGAAGCUAAAUUAUUUCAUGCCGUGCCAGAUGCUGAUAGAGUAAUUCCUCCCAGAGUAACAACGCCUUACUUUUUGUAAAUUGUUGCAUCCGUUAAAAUAGACAUAAUAUUCCAUAAAUCAUUAAAGUAUUGCCUAUUUCUAUACUGUACUUGUAAGUAAGUUACAUAUCUCCGAUUUAUUAAAUUUGUUAUAUUUUGCGAAUAAAUAUUUUAUAAAUAA